AUGAAGCAAGUUCGCGAGAGGCUUUACAUCAGCAACGCCGACGACGCGGGGAUCUAUCUAUGCGGGAUCAUGCAAGGAUUCACUCACGUCCUCUCACUGGCACCGGUGUGCCUCCACCCACAGUGUAACUUCAUCGACACGGUGCCGCCGCAUCGCCUCCGCAAGUUCCAGGCCGUGGAAUCCAAGCUCGAGAAACUCUGCCCAGCUAUGGUGGGCAAGCCGCCAGUGCGCAAGAUAGUCCCCUUGCUGGACAAGGAGGACCAGGACAUACUCCCGGUGCUGCAAGAGUGUCUUGAGUUUAUCGACGAGGGCAUCGAGCAGGGCAUGGUGCUCGUCCACUGCGUUGGCGGUCGGUCUCGCAGCGCAUCCGUGGUGAUUGCGUAUUUGAUGUGGAAGGAAGGGUGUAGCUUCGAUGAGGCGCUCGAGAGCUUGCUCGCGUGUCGGAAGUGUGUUCGUCCCAACGAUGGAUUUAUCAAGCAGCUGCAAGAGUUUGAGUCUACGCUGAGGGGAGAAAGGGAGCUUGGUUCUAGGAAAGUUUCUAGGAGAGAUUUAGAGGAAGAACUUACAUGUAGGCUGUGCAACAAAACCUUUAUGGGAUAA